AUGUAUAUACAUGACAUCCCCAAGUCUAUGAAGGCCGCGCAGGUCGUCGAAUAUGGCAAGCCGUAUCAAGUCAACACCGUUCCCGUUCCCUCAGACAUCGGCCCCCACGAUCUGCUAGUCAAGAUCGCCACUGCAUCUCACUGCCACACCGAUGUCUUGGUGCACUCAGGGGCGUUCGGCACGAAACUGCCCGUGACUGGGUCACACGAGGGCGCAGGGACCGUCGUCGCCGUUGGCUCUUCGGUCACAGACUUCAAAAUCAGCGAUAGGGUAAUGUGCGGACUGCCGUUUCACCCCUGCGGCACGUGUCGGAAUUGCACAGGGCCUGAGAGUUGGAGGCAGUACUGUGCGAAUAUUGAGGGCCACUCGGGGGUUCAGAGGGACGGCUUCUUUGCGGAAUAUGCGCUGGUCGAUGCCCGGUCGACAACUUUGCUUCCUGACGAGGUUUCCUUUCUCAGUGCAGCACCCCUGGCGUGCGCUGGACGGACUGUUUGGAGAGGCGUCCUCCAGGCUGAUCUCAAGCCUGGCCAGUGGCUCGCGAUUGUUGGUUCGGGAGGUGGGCUCGGUCAUAUUGGCAUUCAAUUCGCCAAGAAAAGGGGGCUCAGGGUUGUCGGCGUCGAUGCGAGGGACGAGGGACUAGAGUUAUCAAAAGAAUGUGGAGCAGACAUUGUUGCAGACGCGCGGGAGGGCAAAGACGCGGUGGUCAAGCAGAUUCUAGAGGCAACCGACGGCGAGGGCGUUGAUGCUGCGCUCACGAUAUCAGACGCACCAGAUGCAGCAGCUUUGGCGUGUGCGUUGACGAAAAUGCAUGGACUCAUGGUACAGAUGGGUCAGCCAGACGUUGUCAAUAUCCCUUUCGCAGACCUAGCCCUCCGGGAUGUCAGGGUCCAAGGCAGUAUCCUCUGCUCACCGGAAGAGAGCAGAGGCAUGCUCAAAUUCAUUGCUGAAAGCGGAUUAGCAGUAAAGACAAGUGUAUACAAGGGACUCGACAAAAUCAAAGAGCUGGUCGAAAUGGUUCAUGCAGGAAGGAUAAGGGGGAAAGCAGUUAUCAUUAUCGACCAGGAUCAGAUUGACCGUGAGAAGAAGUCGGGUGCAAAGUAUUAG